AGUCCUGAUUCGGAGCAGAGUCCUUCGGGAAAACGGGAAAUACAUUCCGAAACAGUCUUUCCUGACCCGGAAAUAUUUUUUUAAUAACCCAGAGGAUGGAUUUUUUAAGAAAACAAAAAGAAAGGUAGUGCCUCCUUCACCAAUGACAGAUCCUACCAUGUUGACAGACAUGAUGAAAGGGAAUGUAACCAACGUUCUGCCAAUGAUCCUCAUCGGUGGCUGGAUCAACAUGACAUUUUCAGGAUUUGUAACAACAAAGGUCCCAUUUCCUCUGACGCUGCGUUUUAAACCAAUGUUGCAGCAGGGAAUUGAACUGCUCACUUUAGAUGCGUCCUGGGUAAGCUCGGCUUCCUGGUACUUCUUGAAUGUGUUUGGACUGAGAAGCAUUUAUACUCUCAUCCUGGGCCAAGAUAAUGCUGCAGAUCAGUCUAGAGUGAUGCAAGAACAAAUGACAGGAGCAGCAAUGGCCAUGCCAGCAGAUACUAACAAAGCAUUUAAGACGGAAUGGGAAGCUUUAGAAUUGACUGAUCAUCAGUGGGCCUUAGAAGAUGUAGAAGAAGAGCUCAUGGCAAAAGACCUCCAUUUUGAAGGCAUGUUUAAGGAAGAGCUUCAGACCUCCAUCUUCUGAAUUUGAAAUUAUGCUUUUGUCUUGUAAAAGUCAUUUGAAAAUAAACAUUACUUAAAACCACAUAGUGUAUUUUCACAAGGCUGAGAAUAAAACACCACGUUCAGA